CGGCCGAAUGUCAACAAUGUAGCGGCUGAGAGUAGGCGUUCUAGUCGAGUGUAACAAACAGCGGAGACGGAGUGGCACGCCGCGCUGCUUCACCACGCGCACGUAAACACGCUCACACACGGACGGACGGACGGACGGACACGCGCGCACACACACACACUUUCCCGUGCUGCAAACAGAGUGUAGAAACGUUUGUGUUUUGUUGUGAAGCGAGAGGAGCGAGGAAGAGUCGCGCGGACGGAAGAAGGAGAAGAAGAAGAAGUGAGUGAGUGAGUGAGUGUGUGAGUGAGUGUGUGAGUGAGUGUGUGUGGUGCAGCCGCCGGGAGGCUUUUGAGGAAACGACAAAAGAGAGCCAUCAUGUGAAAGAAGUUAACGUGGGAAAAAAACGGACAAAAGGGCUGGAAUACGAGCGGAAGAGAAAGUAAAAGCGAUGCAAAGGUGUUGGUGUGGCUGUACGUCACUCGCUCGUGGAUAAAUGAUCACUGAUCACUGUCGCAGCAUGAAGGACAAAUCUGGCGUGAGCGGAAUGUCCGUGGAUGUGAAGCCUGAAGCCCCCAUGUAUGUGUAUGAGUCGACGGUUCAUUGUACUAAUAUCCUCCUCUGCCUCAACGACCAGCGGAAGCAGGAUAUCCUGUGCGAUGUGACUGUCCUGGUGGAGGGCAAGGAGUUCCGCGGGCACCGGGCCGUGCUGGCCGCCUGCAGCGAGUAUUUCCUGCAGGGGCUUGUGGGCCAGGCGGAGAAUGACUUGGUCAUUAGCCUUCCUGAUGAGGUCACUGCCAGGGGAUUUGCCCCAUUGUUGCAGUUUGCCUACACUGCUAAGCUGUUACUCAGCAGAGAAAACAUCCAGGAGGUCAUCCGCUGUGCCGAAUUCCUGCGCAUACAGAACCUCGAGGACUCGUGCUUUCGCUUCCUGGAGGCUCAGCUGCGCAGCGAGGACGAUGGCUUGCUUCCCUACCACAAGGUGGCUGCAGAAGCAAACAACUCAGAGGAUGAGAGCAUGCAGUCAGAGGUGGAAAAGCCCACCUCCCCCAGGGUGCGCCGGUGUGCUGACGCCCUUACCUCUUUUCGACGCCCCGACAAUGAUCGGCUAGCAAUGUCUAUGCCCAGCAACUUCACGGAUGGCAGGCUGGAGUUUGAUGGCCAUGGAGUGUCAGACCUGCCACGAUGCCCCAAGUACAGGAAAUACCAGUGGGCUUGCAACAAGCACAAUAAUGACACCUCGUCACACACCAGUACCUCAGGUUUUCCAAGCACAUUAAAGGAGAGCAGCGUUAGCGGGGCAGUGCCAGGUCAGGGCAGGCUGCCUUUGGCACAGAUUAAAGUUGAACCACAGGCAGAGGAAGAAGCCAUCUCAUUGUGCCUGUCAGGGGAUGAGCAGGAUGUCAGGGAUAAGGACAAUGUCACAGCUAUGGAGAUGGAUAACCCAAUAUCUCUUGAAAGAACCAAGAGAACCAAGUCUCCAUCCUGCCUCCGAGCCCUCUUCAAGAAAGGGGUGGACGUCCCCAGCCUGCCCAACACAUCACAGCAGCUAUUCGCCAACAGACUUGUUUGCCCCCAGGACAAAGGAAACUCUCAGGGAGAUCAUAAAAAAGACUUCAGUCCUUUCACUGGGGAGCUGGGUCUGUCUCUUACAUCCCCAAAGGACAUGGACGGUUUCCCUGCAGGGUUGUCCCUCAAGUCCACUUCCUGUGACGGGGUCUGCAAACAGGAGGUCGAGCUUGACCGUCGUAGUGUCAUAUUUUCCUCAGGGGCCUGCAACCGUCUGGGAACACCAGCGCAUUCCUACCCUGGUGGGAACUCUUUGGAGAUGGAGCUCACCGAGCACAUGCCAAAGGGCCUGUGGGCUGGAUCUAGCCAGUCUCUCCCCACCUCCCAGAACUAUUCUCCCAGCACCACCUCCACUGAGCCUCCACUUCUAUGCCGCCCAAGGCCCAACACCAGCUGCCCAGUGCCAAUCAAAGUGUGCCCACGCUCGCCGCCUUGUGAGACACGUACCAGGACUUCCAGCUCCUGUUCCUCAUACUCCUAUGCGGAGGACGGCAGUGGAGGCUCUCCCUGUAGCCUGCCCCAAUUUGAAUUCUCCUCCUCACCGUGCUCCAACGUGGCACGCUGCCUCAAUGUGGACCAGCAGGAGCAAAGCGUGGGAGGGGAUGCCCUUUUUAACCCGGUGCAGCCCAAGAUCAAAUGUGAGCAGUCCUAUGGCACCAACUCCAGCGACGAGUCCGGGUCUUUCUCAGAGGGAGACAGCGAAUCCUGCCACGCACAGGAGCGGGGAACAGAGGUGAAGCUCCCUUUCCCCGUCGAUCAAAUCACAAAUCUUCCACGGAACGACUUCCAAAUGUUGGUGAAAAUGCACAAACUGACCUCGGAGCAGCUCGAGUUCAUCCACGACAUAAGGAGGCGGAGCAAGAACCGCAUCGCGGCACAGCGCUGCCGCAAGAGGAAGCUGGACUGCAUCAUGAACCUGGAGUGUGAGAUCAGGAAGCUGGUUUGUGAGAAGGAGAAGUUGCUGACAGAGAGGAACCAGCUGAAGGCGUGUAUGGGCGAGCUGUGGGAGAACUUCUCCUGCCUCUCCCAGGAAGUGUGCCGGGACGUCCAGCUGAGCCCCGAGCAGGUCCAGAGCCUACACCACUACUGCCCCGUGCCGCGACCCGCCGACUCCACUGCCAGCAACAACGCCGAGCCUCCCUGUAGCCCCGCCACCGUCACCACCAACGACACCACCAGCAUCGACCUCACCACCCACUCGGGCUCGGCCACGCCGGAGCCGAGCUUCCACGGCUCGCCCGGCCCCUCUGAGAGCGAGCACGACGCGGUCGUCAGGAACGGGGCGGACAGAGACAUGGACGGCCAAGACGUCGGCUUGUACACAAACUUAGUGCUGCCCAUGGAGAAAUCCCACCAGACGGUAACAGUUGAUUUUUGCCAGGAAAUGACUGACAAAUGUACGACUGAUGAGCAGCCGAGGAAGGACUGCACUCAGUAGUGGUGGUUCUCUGUGUGUGUUGUUUUGAUUAUUAUUAUUUAAUUUUAUUCUCCUGACAAACCCUCUGUCGGGGUUGUUGAGAUGUCAGCCUCUCCCAGUGUUCACUGAAAAACAAGCUUUGUAUGUAUUUAUGUCUGUUUUUGUUUUUGUUUGUUUUCUAGUUUUGAACGGUUGACACUAAAGUUGUCUUAACAGCAGCAAUACUGUUCUCCAGGUAUUUUCCUCGUAUCAUGACAGAGUGGGAAACUCUCACCAAACCUUUUACAAUGGUGCUACAUUCGGCCCAGCAGCAGCAGCAGCAGCAGCAGCAGCAGCAGCAGCAGCAGCCUCUGCAGUGGAAACUCUGUUUAUCAUCACACAGCUCAUACAGUUAAACCUCAUCGGACCUAAACAGCCACUCUCUCUUUCUGUGUGUGUGUGUGUGUGUGUGUGUGUGUGUGUGUGUGUGUGUACCAACAGCAUCUCUUCUUCUGCCUUCCUCUCACAUCUCUUUCUUUUUUUCCCACUCUGUCUUUUUAUCAAUCCUCUCUACCUCUCUCUCUCUCUCUCUGUCUUUCUCCUCUCACUCUAUCUUAGUGGCCCCUCUCGUCACAGCAACUCAAACUCAGGAAUAAGAAAGGAAAAUAAAAACUCCUCUGAAUGUUCAUCCUAAUUCAUGGAAAUACAGUUUCUGUACGCGAGGAAGUUACGAUGCAGUCAGACUGUAAAAUGUUCAUAUGCAAAAGAGAAAAGAAAAAAACAACAAAUGAUAAAAAAAAAACAAAAAAAACACACACAACACAAACAACAAUGUCUUCAAACAAUGUCUCACAUUUGUAUUUCUGUACAGGAGAACUUUGUACAGGCUGUACAACUGAAAACAUUCCUUCUUUGCCUUCCUCAGCACUGAACUGAAAGAAAAGAAAAGGUUUUUGCAGGUGGUUAAAUGACUAUUUUUUAUUUCCCACUCAUCAGCAAUACCAUUGUAUUUGGGUGUUGUAACAGUGUCUGACUUUCAAGUGCUUGUUUGGCAGAAAAUGUACAUAGUCUGGAGCAUGACGACUGUAACAGUGAUUUUUAUUUGUUGUUGUUUUUAUGUACAGGUAGAGGCUUAGAUGUUUCUUUUCUUUUUUUUCUUUUUUUUCCACCGGGGUUAUAUCAAGCACCUUUUUGCUAAGGGAAAAAAAAGAUUUUUGUUUUCUUUGCUGUUUCCUGUCCUGCCUAAUGAAUAUUCCCCCCAUCAUGGUGGGUGUUCUUAUACUCAGGAAAUCAGCUUGACACACACACACACACACAUACACAAACACAUGCGUCGACACACGUGUAAAAUAGACCGCCGCCCCCUCCCCGUGCAUGUAUCAAGCCAGCUCCUCCUCCUCCACCUUUGACCUCUCUUUAAAUGUGAAAAAAGGAAUUUUUGCCUUGUGUUUUUCGGAGUAAAUCUUAUUUCUUAUCAGUAUUUAAAGAUGCUACUCGUGUUCACUCUCGCAGACAUGCUUCGGGUUUCUUCAGUGUUCAUCGUGACGGAUACUUUCUUUAUUUUUCUCAUAUUGAUCCUGCGUAAUGUCUAACAGCGCCUCUUGACAAACACUUUGUGUUUCUAAAAAAACAAUUUAUUCAGGCACUUUGUUUGCGGGCCUCAGAGCCUUUCAGCACUUCCAUUUUAUUUUUUCCUUUGUUUCAGAAAAUCUGAAACUGGAGCACUUAAAUUGGCACUUCAAAAGGAAACAUCAGCUUAAUAUGAGAAGGAAAAAAAACAUGAUGAUGAUGAAGACGUAUCUGGAACUUAAAUGCAAGAGGAAUCUAAUUUCUUAGUGUAAGAGUGUUCACACACCUUCUGUUUGUAUUUCUUUAGGAUUUGAAUAAGCUCAUUCUGAAUCAGUUUGACGUGAAGCGGCGUCCGUGGAGCCUGAGCGAUGGAGCUGCAGGUCGCGUCACAUACAAGUGACAUAAUUGUGCGUUUGUUUGAACAUCUGCUUGUGAUGUGCAUGCAUGCUGCCUUUAUAGCUGUAAGCUUAGUUAGUUUGUCCAGCCUCUGUUUGCCGCGCACAGUUCUCUCUCUGGAGCCGUCUGCUUUUUAUUUUAUUUUCCCAAUAUAAAUAUAUACAUAUAUAUAUAUAUAUAUAUAUAUAAAAAUAUAAAUUUCUAUGUAUAAAAAAGAUGAAUUUCCUCAACUCUCACUGGAAGCUGGCUUUAAAGUCCAAACAGGGCUGCGCUCCGGUGCAAAGGUGGAGUUCAAUUGGACUGUGAAGCUUUGUUCGUUGCUCUUUAAAGCCCCCAAAAUCCCAAAUGGCACUCCUGUAUUUAGCUUCAUAGAGAGAUUACACGACCGCGUCACUUCCAUGAGCCUCAGUCCCUCAGUGUCAUCUCUCUGUGCCAGAAACAAGACGUACAGUCGUGUCCUCGCAGUUUACUGCAUCCGUGGGUUUUUACUACAGUGCUUUUGAGGGUUUAACAAUGUUAAACAUGCACACAUAGACUUUUACACAGUAACAAAACACAUGCAGAUUUAUAUAUAUAUAACGUAGAAUAUAUAUAUAUUACAUGAAAGAGAUCCCCAAACUUACUUCCUCAGAAAUUAUAAGAUAUAAGACCUGAUAACUAAAUUAAAGAAUAAAUUAAUCAAAACAGGAUAUUAAAAAAAGUCAAAAGGUCGACAAAUACACAAUACCAUGUCCAGCAAUACAUGUAUUGACAAUAUGUACAUUUAAAAAAUGAGACAUCAUAGAAAACAAAGAUUAUGUUUUUAAAAUGUUGGUAAAAGGGGAGAAAUUUUAUAGCUACCUGUAAAACCUCCAAUGCCCACCAGGGGGCCCACAGAAAUAAUCAUUCAAAUAAAAAAGCACUGUAGUAAAUACUGUGGAUGGAAACCCCUUCUCUUAAAUGGGGCUUUAAAGGUCCAAUGCAACUAUUUUGACGUUUUACCCCCUCGUGUUUUUACUGAUGUAAAUUUUAGACUUUAAAGCCGUAGUUUAGAUUAUGAUCUGUUGUUCUCGCGCAAGACGAACAUUGUAAGUGUAUUUCGUAAACCUGUCUUUAAGGACAUGGUUUCUAUUUUGUAAAGUACAUAGACCCACACACACACGCACACAUACAGUACAUAUGAUAUAUUCAUAUAACACACACACACACACACACACACAGUGGUAGCACAGCCUGGGUGCAGAGCAGUGGUGAUUCUUUGUCGACUGGUGUGGUUUCUACGCCUUUUUAUUCUUUUCUUUUGUUGCUUUUGUUUUUCGUUCUUGUAACUGAAUCAGAACAGUAUUUAUCCACGAGCAGAUUUCUACCAGGUGAAAGCCAGAAAUUGUAAAUGGAGCAGAAGCUUUCUUCUCUUUAAACCUUAUCUAUUUGUGUGCUUUUACUUUUGUUCGAUCUGAAAUGGAGGCGAGCAUAGACCCUUUGACUUUGAUGUUUUUUUGUUUUUGUUUUUUUUUCUGCCCGGAGAAAAUGAAUUCAUGAAGUUUGUAAGUCUCAAAGGAAUCUUGAGCAUCUCCUCUGAUGUGCUACAUCAUCAAAUCUGUGUUUACACAUUUCUAUCAUAACUGACCCCUGAGAAUACUGAAGGAUGAAGGACCAGACGUCUUUGAAUCACACUCUCCAGGCUGAAAAGCUGUUUUUAUUUUUGUAAAUCCUGACCUCCUCGCUCUUUGAGUCUUGCUCCAACACAGAAUUUAUGCUUAAACUAUAAUCCUCCAUCCAUCUCCAGCUUCAGUUGUGGGAUUAAGUCCAUGUCAGCAAUGUCUGCAUCUCAAUAUUCAGGUUUACAUCCUGGAGACAUAUCUGUCUCUUGAGAUUUCUUACUCCAGUAAUGUUAACACGACGGUGUUUUGUGGUGUCGGCAGAAAUCUCCAAUUAUCUCUGAGCUUUUGACAAAAUUGUGGCAAAAACUGAAUAUUGCAAGUGGGGAAAAAAGUGUUUAUUUGUCAUUUGGGUGAACUGACGCUUUAGUUUCUCGGGGCACAAAGCGCUCAGCGAUUCGCUUUUUCUCAAGGUAAAAGGAUUUUAACGCUACAUAAAUGUACUUUUUGACCACAUGGGGGCAGCCUAUUCUCACUUUAUGUGGUUCAAAUGUUUAGCAAAGACUUCCUUAUUUACACGGCCCACAGAAUUAGUCACAUCAGUGAUGAAUGUAAGUCUUAUAUUCACUCCGCUCUCUCUUUUUUGAGCUCUGUUUUAGUCUCCACCACCUCCUGAGAAAAAGCAUAUGGCUCUUUAUAUGCUGCUACGUUCACCAGCUAACUUCCUCCAUGCAGUGUCGCUGUUCAUAAUCACAACUAUGGAUUAGUGCAACUUUAAAAUUACGUUAAAGUAAUAAUACCAGCUUUUAAAAACCACCAAAUAAUGAAUCAAAUACUUGGAUUUAGUGAAUCCUAAAGGAAUUUUGGUGCAGACCAGACUCUUUUUAUAUAUAUAUAUAUAUUCGUAGCCAUUACAACAGAUUUACGUGGACAGUUUUGCUCAUCUUUUUUUGCCAUGUAUUUGUCGGUUUUUUUUUAGUUUAUCUUUUAUUUGUUGCUGCUUCUCUGAAACAAACACUGGCUUUUCAACUCCAAAGGUUGUUCUAUAGAAGAAUAUGAACAAAAAAAUAACAUGCCUUUCUCACAAAACUGCUCUCAAACUUUAUUGAGAUAUGAAAGAAAAACAAAAUCUGGUACCCUGGUGGAAUGUGCGCAUGCAGGCUGAGCUCAUUGAAGAUAGAAAAAGAAAAAAUAUGAAAUAUGUUUACAAAUAGGUGUCAUGUCAUGUAUGAUCGAUUCUUGCCAUGUUAAAAAAGAAAAAAAGAAAUCACUUGGUUCAAUUCGACUGGCUCUUGGUGUUGGUGUAAAAAACGGGACAAAGAAUGGGUUUUUUUCCCCCUCACCUUGUCUUUAAUUCAACUUCUGGGAUGGGUUUGCAUUACAUGACUUCAAGUGCACCUCCGAUAUUUGCCUUAGUACGUGCAGAGGCCACAGUUCACAUUCAAGUGAAGUGAGUGUAUGCAGGGGCCCCGGGGCCCCAUCCCUGAGUCACCAGUGCGGACUUUCUCACACUUAUCUACCUGUGAAAUCCUUCAUACCUCUCAUAACUGGUCAAUGACUGUAUCAGCAAAAGUGCAUCAGGUGUUUUUUCUACAUGCUUUUUACACAGAUUAUAUGGAUUAUUGUAUUAGUCAAUUUUGGUGCAUCAUUUUUAAUGUAAUAGCUCUUAAGCUCGUAGUUCAAGUUGUUGUUUUCUCUCUCUCUCUCAUUUUUUUUCUAGAUGACUGUUUUGUGUUAAUAUUGUCGAUUCAAAAAAAUAGCUGUUAUUUGCUUAUUAUUCUCUACUAAGAGUUCUUACCUUUAUAAUUUUUUUGAAAUGCUACAUGACCCUAAUGAAUUGAAAUGACUUAAUAACCAUUGUAAAUACGGUAUUGUGCAAACCCGAUUUUCAUUAAUUUCAAUUGCUAGUGUUAUCUAAACAACUUUUUUUUUGUCUAGACACCAUUUCUCUUUAUGAAAUAAAGAAACAUGCAUAUCA